AGCGCAGACUGCUGGAUAUCGCCUGGAAACCACAGCUUCAGCUCCACGAUAUAGUUCUCCCCCAGCACUGGAUGACUGAAGAGAAAGAUCUCUGCAACCAGCAGAGGAACUUCAGAGAGGAAAAGGAGGAUCCAGAACGUCAACAGACUACAGAGGAACUGAAGGAACCAGAACAUCUACAGAUUGAAAUGGAACUGAAUGAACCAGAACCUCCACAGAUUAAAGAGGAACUGAAGGAACCAGAACCUCUACAUGUUAAAGAGGAACUGAAUGAACCAGAACCUCUACAGAUUAAAGAGGAGGAGGAACCAGAACCUCCACAGAUUAAAGAGGAGCAAGAAAAGUUUGCCAUCAGUCAGAAUGAAGAUCAGCUUGAUCUGAAGCAGGAGACGGAGACCUUGAUGGAGAUUUCUAUUUAUAAGGAACAUGAGAACAUUGAAGCAGAUCUGAAAAAUGAGCAGUGCUUUAAUGUAACUGAUAGUCAGGAUGACGAAUCAACAUCAACUUCAGAUGAAGAGACAGAGCCACAGAACAGAGAUCAGAGGAAGAGAAGUGACAGAGGUCAUGUCCAAAGUGUGGCCAGCUCUCACAUGUCAGAAGGUCAUUGUGACUCUGAUGUUAGAAAAAACUCAGAGAUGGCAAGUUUGGGUGAGGAAAGUGCCCAAUCUCCUAAAGAAAAGAAACCUUCCUCUGUAGAGUCUGAUGAAAGCUCAAGAAUGGUCAAGAAUCUCCAUAUUCGCAUGAAAACCAAGUCUGGUGAAACACUUCAUGUCUGUAAAGAAUGUAAAAAAGGUUUCUAUACCAUGUCUCAGUUCAUAUGUCACAUAAAAAUCCACAAAGGAGAGAAGCUUUUUUCAUGUAAAGAAUGUGACAAAAAAUUCCGCCUACCUUCUUCUCUCAGAACACACAUGAGAAGUCACAGAGGAUACAAACUUGUUUCUUGUAAAGAAUGUGGUGGAAGUUUUAGUCAAGAAUCUGCUCUGAGAGCACACAUGAAAACUCACCCAAGAAAGAAGCUUUUUACUUGUAAAGAAUGUAGCAGAGCUUUUAAGACAACGUUUAGUCUUGAAACACACAUGAGAACUCACACAGGAAAGAAGGUUUUUUCUUGUAAAGAAUGUAGUUUAAGUUUUAGGACAAUGUUUAGUUACGAAGCACACAUGAGAACUCACACAGGAGACAAGCCUUUUACUUGUAAAGAAUGUGGUAGAAGUUUGAGUGAACUGUCUAGUCUUAAAAGACACAUGAAAAUUCAUACAGGACAGAAGCCUUUUAGUUGUAAAGCAUGUAAUGCAAGUUUUAAUUGUACAUCUAGUCUCAAAACCCACAUGAAAGUUCAUGAGUGAUGUCUUUUUCAUGGCAAACGAAAGAAUUUAUGGUAUAAUACAUCUACCAAUAAGAAACUUUCACAAAAACUAAGUUGGGCACAAAAAUAAUACUUUGUUGAGAUGAUGCAUGUGUCUGCGUGUUGCCAUGACAACAUAGAUUUUUUUUGUAUACAUCAGUUAUUCCAAGACUUUGUAUGAUCAGUGAAUUUUAUAUUUUUAAACAAAAAGCAGAGUUUGCAGUUUAUAUUUUGCAAGGUCAAGUAAAUUAGUAAGAGAGAACAAGAUUUUUCUAAAUACAGUAGUAAAGAACAAGCGGAUAAAGAAACCGACUGGUGUUUCUGUCUUGUGUUCAUGUGAUUCAUUUUUUCUAGCAGAGGUUUGAAGUGUUUCUUUGUUCUUUUUAGUGUUCAGUGUUCUGUUCAAAUGAUUACUGUGAAGAAUAAAGUGGAUCUGAACAUCA